AUGAAUGUUGUAGUAGAUAAUAAUGGAGGCACAGAUGUAUGUUGCAAUUUAUACAAAGUUAAUAUUAGUUCAAACAAAGAAAAAGAACCUAUCUUUCAAUUAGACACCACAAAAACCCCACUUCAAAUUGCUUUUAAAACGAUUAUCCCUAAAAAGUUGGAUGGAGCUAAAGAUGAAAUGGGAUGUUCAAUUGGUCUUUACAAUAAUGGAUGUAAAUUAAAUAUUCGACUAAGUGUUAAAAUACUAAAACAACUUUAUUCAAUGAUUAAGUCAUGUUCAGGUGAAAACAAUCCCCUUCCAAAAUUUGUUCAAGAAAUUACACCACCUCCUAUGCUUAUCAAUUUGGAAUUCCUUGAAAUCCAACCAAUUGAAGGUAACUUUAAAAUAGAAGGUGGAAUUGAUUUAUUAAAAAAUACGUUCUCUGUACCUUCUACUCUUUUAAAGAUAGAAAAUGUUUGUGGAGAUAUUAACUCAUUAUUAAAUGGCAUUACAACGAGUAUUGAAGAUAAGGCAAUGAAAAAACUUUAUCCCUUGUUUUUGUGGAUUUUGUCUGGGUUAUUCCCACAAUUUGCUAAUAUUUCUGGUGUGAAAUCAUUUAUUUCUUCACUUCUAACAUCAUUUUCUAAUUAA